AUGUCAACUUCUCGCACCAUAAUAUGCUUAUUAAGAAACGAUUUACGAAUCCACGACAAUGAGGUCUUCCACUUUGCUCAAAAGCACGCGGAUCACAUAGUACCGCUGUACUGCUUCGAUCCCAGACAUUACGUGGAAACGUACAAGUACAACCUGCCAAAGACGGGACCUUUUCGCCUGCGCUUCCUGUUGGAAAGCAUUCGAGACCUUAGGAACACGCUGGUGAACAAGGGCAGCAACCUGGUAAUAAGACGAGGCAAGCCAGAAGACGUUGUCGCCGACCUUAUUAAGCAACUUGGGUCGGUCAGCGCUGUCGCGUUCCACCAAGAGGUAACUUCCGAGGAGCUGACAGUAGAGAAAGAAGUGAAGGACGUAUGUGUGCGAAUGAAAGUGCAAGUUCACACAUGUUGGGGUUCAACGCUGUAUCACCAAGACGAUCUGCCUUUUCAACACAUAUCCAGGUUGCCAGAUGUUUACACUCAGUUCAGGAAGGAAGUGGAAUCCAAGAGUCAGGUUAGGCCCGAGUUGCCAAACCCGGACCGGCUCAAGCCUCUUCCUUUGGGGCUCCAGGAGGGAGACGUUCCCACCGCAGAGGACCUUCAGCAGACAGAACCUUUGAAUGACCCUCGGUCAGCUUUUCCGUGUACUGGCGGUGAAAGUCAGGCGCUGCGCAGACUUCAGCAUUAUUUCUGGGAUACUGAUGCAGUUGCAUCUUACAAGGAGACGCGCAACGGUUUGGUCGGUGUGGACUAUUCCACCAAAUUUGCGCCCUGGCUGGCGAUGGGUUGCAUUUCCCCGAGGUACAUUUAUCAUCAGAUACGCCGGUAUGAGAUGGAGCGGACAGCCAAUCAGAGCACAUACUGGGUUAUUUUCGAGCUUUUAUGGAGGGAUUACUUCAAGUUUGUCGCGCUCAAAUAUGGAAAUCGUCUGUUUCAUCUUAAAGGCCUUCAGGACAAAACCAUUCCCUGGAAGACAGACAUGACGCUUUUCAACGCAUGGAAAGAGGGUCGCACAGGUGUCCCUUUUGUGGAUGCCAACAUGAGGGAGUUAGCCAUGACGGGCUUUAUGUCCAACAGAGGGCGCCAAAACGUGGCUAGCUUCCUCACUAAGGACCUGGGCCUAGACUGGAGGAUGGGAGCGGAGUGCUUUGAGUACCUUUUGGUUGAUCAUGACGUCUGCAGUAACUAUGGCAACUGGUUGUACAGUGCUGGUAUUGGAAAUGACCCCCGAGAGAACAGAAAAUUUAACAUGAUUAAACAAGGACUCGACUAUGACAGUAACGGCGACUACGUGCGGCUUUGGAUUCCCGAGCUACAGAAAAUCCGGGGAGCUGACGUGCACACGCCGUGGACCCUCAGCAAAGCGGCACUGUCGCACGCCGACGUCAUCCUCGGGGAAACUUACCCCGCCCCUCUCGUCGUGGCGCCCGAAUGGGGUCGACAUGUGGGCAAGAAGCAGGUUGGUAGCGGGCCGUACCCAAGAGGCAGAAAGGGUCCGUCUCACACCCCCAAACAACACCGUGACAGAGGCAUUGAUUUCUAUUUUUCCAGAAGCAAAAAUCUGUGA